UUGCCUAGGUAUUGUCCAUCAGGGCGCUGGGGCGGAACUGUCUAGUCCAGCGCGCGAACGGAUGGCAAGGGCGGGCUUCCGCAGUCUCGCGGGCUUUUCUUCCUCGUCCGCGGAGCUCCUUCCUCGCAGGCCCGCGUCCUCUGCUCCGGAAGCUCGGGAGGCUCUGCGCGGCCUGUGUCUCCCCGCUCGGGUGUCUAAAGAUUCCUCGGGAGGACAGCGAAUCACUCCGCAGACCAGAGACGGUGCUAUGAGGUCCACAGGAAGGAAGUCAGGACUCUCCAGAAGGCAGGAAAUGACCUCAGUGGCCUUUGAGGAUGUGGCUGUUAACUUCACCCAGGAAGAGUGGGCUUUGUUGGAUCCUUCCCAGAAGAAUCUCCACAGGGAUGUGAUGCAGGAAGUCCUUAGAAAUCUGGCUUCUAUAGGAAACAAAUGGGUGGACCAGAACGUUGAAGAACAGAACACAAUUCCUGGGAGAGAUCUAAGGUCUCACUCAGGAGAGAAACCAUAUGGAUGUGAACAAUGUGGGAAAGCCUUCUCUUGUUACUUUUUCCUUCAAACACAUGAACGAACUCAUACUGGAGAGAAGCCCUAUGAAUGUAAACAAUGUGGGAAAGCCUUCACUAGUUCCUCUUACCUUCCAAUACAUGAAAGAACCCAUACAGGAGAGAAGCCCUAUGAAUGUAAACAGUGUGGGAAAGCCUUCAUAAGUUCUGCUUACCUUCAAAUACAUAAACGGAUUCAUACAGGAGAGAAGCCCUAUGAAUGUAAACAAUGUGGGAAAGCUUUUAAUAAGUACAGUAAUCUUCACACACAUGAACAAACUCAUACAGGAGAGAAGCCCUAUCAGUGUAAACAGUGUGGGAAAGCCUUCACUAGUUCCAAUUACCUUCUAUUACAUGAAAGAACUCAUACAGGAGAGAAGCCCUAUCACUGUAAACAAUGUGGGAAAGCCUUCACCAAGUCCAGUCACCUCCACACACAUGAGCGAACUCAUACUGGAGAGAAGCCCUAUCAAUGUAAACAAUGUGGGAAAGCCUUUGCUACAUCCACUCACCUCCACACACAUGAACGAACUCAUACUGGAGAGAAGCCCUAUCAGUGUAAACAGUGUGGUAAAACCUUCACUAGUUCCAAUUACCUUCCAGUACACGAACGAACUCACACUGGAGAGAAGCCUUAUGAAUGCAAGGAGUGUGGUAAAGUUUUCAUUAGUUCCGCUUACCUUCAAAUACAUGAGCGAACUCAUACUGGAGAGAAGCCCUAUCAAUGUAAACAGUGUGGCAAAGCCUUCAAUACAGUUGGUCAUCUUCAUAAACAUGAACGAACUCAUACUGGGGAGAAACCCUUUGAGUGUAAACAAUGUGGAAAAUCCUUUACUAGUUCUUCUUACCUUCAAAUACAUCAACGAAUUCAUACUGGAGAGAAGCCCUAUGARUGUAAACAAUGUGGGAAAGCCUUCACUACAUCCAGUCACCUCCACAAACAUCACCGAAGUCAUACUGGUGAGAAGCCCUAUCAAUGUAUACAGUGUGGGAAAGCCUUCACUAAUUCCACUCACCUUCAUGCACAUGAGCGAACUCAUACUGGAGAGAAGCCCUAUCAAUGUAAACAAUGUGGGAAAGCCUUCAUUAGUUCUGCUAACCUUCAAACACAUGAACAAACUCAUACUGGAGAGAGGCCUUACCAAUGUAAGGAAUGUGGGAAAGCCUUCAGUAGUUCUGCUUACCUUCAAAUACAUGAACGAACUCAUACUGGAGAGAAGCCCUAUGAAUGUAAACAAUGUGAGAAAACCUUCAUUAGUUCUGCUUACCUUCAAAAACAUGAACGAAUUCACACUGGAGAGAAGCCCUAUGAGUGUAAACAGUGUGGGAAAGCCUACACAACAUCUAGUCACCUUCACACACAUAAACGGACGCAUACUGGAGAGAGGCCCUAUGAAUGUAAACAGUGUGGAAAAGCCUUUGCUAGGUCCACUCACCUUCAUACACAUGAACGGACUCAUACAGGAGAGAAACCCUAUCAGUGUAAACACUGUGGAAAAGCUUUCACUAAGUCCAGCAACCUUCACAUACAUGAACAAACUCACACUGGAUAGAAGUUCUGUGAAUAUAAACAGUGUGGUGAAACCUUCAGUUAUUCAUCUGCUUAGACAACGAAUAAACUCAUACUGAAGAGAAGUCCUACAAAUGAAACUGGUAAAACCUUCAGUAGGCCCAUUCACCUUCAAAAAUAUGAACAAACUCAUAAGGGAAAGAAGCCCUGUGUUUGUAAAUGGGGUAAUAAAGUCUUUAUUUCAAAGCAUCAACUCAUACUAGACGGAAACCCUAUUAGAGGAAAGAAUGGAAAAUGCCUUACAUUAUUAGUUCCCAUUGUACGCAUGAAAAAAUUUGUGCUGGAGAAAAGGCCUUGAAUGCAAAAAAAAAAAAAAGAGUAGCAAAUCAUUUAAUAUUUCUAGUCACCUUCAAUGACAAGAAAGGACUCACACUACAACAAAUCUGAAUGAGUAUAUGUAAGUUCUUAGUUGCCUUCAGAACCAUUUUGCUUGCUCUGGCAAAUAAACCUCCUGAAUGUGUGACAUUCCAUUUUCCUUCCUAUGCAUGAAAGUACUCAUAAUGGAGAAAAAGCCUUGAAUGUGAAAAAGGUCUGAUUUCCCAGUUUUUUUGAAAGACAAAAGACAAAAAAACAAAACAAAACAAAAAACGGUGAAAACCCUAUGCAAGUAAUGGAUCUUAUAAUGGCAUCUGGUGUUCCAGUUUUCUUCAUGUUACUCAACCUUCUAUUGCUGUGUCAAAACACGAGAAAUUCAAGUUAAGGGGAGAAGAUUUCCUUUGGCUCACAGAUCGCAGGUUUCAGUUCAUCUUGGGGUGGCUCUUUGGUUUGGUCCGAGAUGACUUAGAACACAUUGUUGGAAGAGCAGAGCAGAGCUGCGUACGUAAUGGCAGCAGGGAAAAGAGAGAGUGGAGGAGGAGGGCACCAGCAGCCAGAUACCCAGUGACUGUUUCUGUUUAAGGUUCCUGUUUUCAUAAGUUGUCUAAGUGCAAUGGUUAAAAAAAAAA